AUGGCAGUUGGUACUCGUUCAAUUCUUCGCAUUGCAAAUUCAACAAUUCGAACGAAUCAUCUUGUUGGCUUACAAUCGAAAUGUUAUGCUUCAACACAAACAACAGAUUUGAAGGAAGUUCUACGUGAACUUAUUCCAAAAGAAAAAAAACGUGUAGCUGCAUUUAAAGCUGAAAAUAAGGAUGUAGUAAUUGGCCAGGUCAAUGUUGAUCAAAUUUAUGGUGGUAUGCGUGAUAUUAAAGGUCUUGUGUAUGAAACAUCACUAUUAGAUGCCAAUGAAGGUAUUCGUUUUCGUGGCAAAACAAUCGACGAAUGUCAAGCUCAAUUACCAAGAGCAAAAGGUGGCGAAGAACCAUUACCUGAAGGUCUCUUUUGGUUGUUAGCUACAUCACAAAUGCCAACUCAAGAACAAGUCGACUGGGUUACUCGUGAAUGGAAUAAUCGUGCUGACAUACCUCAACAUGUUGUGACAAUGUUAAAUAAUUUUCCAGCACAACUUCAUCCAAUGUCACAACUUAGUGCUGC